UUGGAAAAUAUUUCGUGGUGCAUUUGCUAAAUAAGAGGUCGAGUAGAGGUUGGUCUAGUUGUUUGAAAGCGUCGACGCUUGUGCUCAGGCAUCAGAUUACUGUGGAAAACUGUGGAUUUGCAACAACUACUUUAAAACGAGUUACUAAACUAUAAAAAUGGCACACAGGUAAUUCUCUCAAAGGUUCUAUCAUACCUUGGGAAUACAUGUCUACCGAAGUGACGUUACCACCGGAGUGGGAGGACGAUGAAAGAAUGAAUUUCUUCUUCUCCGAUUUCAAAGACAACCGUGAUGUCAACACUACUGAUUGGGACAGUAAAAUGAAUUUCUGGACAUCUCUCAUCUUAAAAGUAUGCAAGAGUCGUGGAACCGUCUGUAUUAAUUUGCAAGAGCUGCACAAGAUUUUUCGGAGAAAGGGAAUUGUGCCAUUGGGUUUGCGAACUGUCAUUCAGUGUAUGGUCAGGUGUGGCCAGCUACAAAGGGAGUCAGAGUUUGCAGCAAAUGUAGACCCUGGGUGGGUGUCUUGGGGUGUUGGCCUGUUGCUGGUGAAGCCUUUAAAAUGGACUUUUUCUACUUUUCUGGGUAACUAUGGGGUUACUUCAGAGGAUUUGUUUGUUGUCAUCGACCUGGUAAAGGAGAAGGCAGCAGAAUUGCUUAGUCUCUAUCGGAGCUCCCCGAUGGGCAACCAUUCUAUACUCUCCUUCCAGGAGCUUCAGACACUGUCACUAAAUGUCUGUGUUGAUGAGAAUACUCUCUGUAUGGCUCUGCUACAGCUGCAGAGGGAGAAGCAGGUGACAUUAUCACUUCAUGAAGGCGAGAAGAUUGUUAAGUUUUCUCAGCCCGGACAGGGCCGUGUGUCUCCAAUCAGUGACGUGGAUAUAGGCAUCUACCAGUUAAAACGCAGUGAGAGACUACUUGAAGUGAGGUUGGAGGCAUUGGGUCUGGAAGCAGAGAAGUGCAAAGAUGAAGCUAGGGUGUGGGUGCAAGAAGGGAAAAAAUCACAGGCCCUGAGAUGUUUGAGAAGGAGAAAGCAAGUCGAGAAGAAAACAGACCGCUUAUAUGCCCAGCUGGAGAACAUAAAAGGAAUCCUGGACAGGAUAGCAAACUCACAGACAGACAAACUGGUGGUACAGGCUUAUCAGGCUGGAGUGUCAGCCCUGCGACUCUCUUUGAGGGAUGUGAACGUAGAAGAAGCUGAAAGCCUUCUGGAUCAAAUCCAAGUGAUGUGUGACACUCAAGAUGAGGUGAACCAAACCCUGGCUGGUGGAGCACUCAACUCAAUGGAUGUAGACACUGAUGAGCUGGAAGAUGAGCUGAGGUCUUUAUUGGAGAACCCAAUUCUGGAUGGGCCUUCCACUCUACCUGAAGUACCAUCACACCCUUUUGCACCUGUCAGGGAAUCUGGUUCCCAUUUUGAUCUACUGAGUGCAUUACCCUCAGUCCCUCAAAGCCACUUAAAUAUCACAGAUGAGGAACUGGACAGAGAGUUGAGUCGUCUAGCCCUUGCUGAUUCAGAUCCUCAACAAAAACAUGCCUUGCCAGUGCGGAGGGCGGAGCCUGCACAGUGACAACACUAAUAACAUCAGUAAACCCAAUUUAAUAAUCUGUGACUGGGCAAUAUCUGGGCAUUUUCUUUUGUAUCAUGUUUAUGAUCACAUCCCUUUUUAUGUUUGUAUUACUUUAUUAAAGAUAUCAGUAAGAAAUCAAAUUACUGACUGUUGGGAUGGGCUCAAUUAAUGGUUUGGCUUGUAUCAGUAAUCACCAUUAAAGGCUUUACUAGAUGAUCACCAACAUUUUUUUAAUAAACAAAACCCAAGGUUUUCUGCACUGUUGGUGGUAAGUGCUCUUGUUAUGGAUAGGUAAAGUGUGUGAUGUCUUUGAAGGUACACUCUCUGCAUAAUGAACGGGCCUCCAAAUCAAAUGCAACCACUGGCCUCUAAGCAACAAACCAAUCAGAUCACUGUGUUAUCACAAUCUCACUACAAAGAUGCGGUGAGAUUUAAAAACGUCUAUAAACCAUCACUGAAGAAACUCAACAACUAUAUCAAAGAGCGAUUGACUCAAAUGUUAUUCAGCACUGUCAACAUUUUAUUAAACACUUUUAUUUGCCAUAAAAUGUUUUUCAACUGUGCUGAAAAUGGCUCUGAAGUUGUAAGUAGCAAAGUGUAUCAAUAAACUUGGCUUGUUAUGACUUGUC